CUCAAGAUCGCUCAUUUCGUGCAAGUGACCAGCGAACAUGUCUACUCCAAAGCGCUCCGUCCUCAUCACCGGCUGCUCAGACGGCGGCAUGGGCAGCGCCCUCGCAAUUGCUUUCAACACAGCCGGGUUCCACGUCUACGCUACAGCACGGAAUCCAUCCAAAAUGACGGGACUUACGUCUCUGGGAAUCGAGACUCUCCAGUUGGAUAUACAAUCGGAAUCCUCGAUAGCCGACUGCGUCAAAAAGAUCCCGUCGCUCGACAUUCUCGUCAACAACGCCGGGUCCCAGUUCCUCAUGCCGAUCGCCGACAUCAACAUCGCCGAAGCGAAGAAAUUGUAUGAUCUGAAUGUGUGGGGUCACAUCGCCGUGAUCCAGGCUUUCCUGCCGCUGCUCCUCAAGUCCCCCAACGCGAUCAUCGUGAACCAGACGUCCAUCGGGGCCAACCUCGCGAUGCCCUUCCAGGCCGUUUACAACUCUUCCAAGGCAGCUCUGGCGUUGCUUACGGAGUCUCUCCGGUUCGAGCUCCAGCCCUUCGGGAUUAAGGUCGUGGACCUGAGGACCGGGGUUGUCAACACCAACCUGGUCAAGAACGUGCAGGAGAAUAGCGACCCGAAGCUUCCGGCCGGCUCGAUAUACGAGCCUGCGAAGGAAGUCGUAGAGAAGGCCUUGCGCCAAGAACAGUUCGAGGGCAAGGGCAUGUCGGCGCGGCAGUGGGCGGAGCUGGUGGUAGGGGACUUACAGAAGAGCAACCCGCCUAGGGUUAUCUGGAGAGGCGACUCGGCAUGGUUAGUGCGCGUCCAGAGCGUCUUGCCGUCUGGGUUAUUUGAUGGUGCGAUUAAGAAGAUGACCGGAUUGGACGUUGUCGAGCAGAUUGUGAAGAAAUGAGGGCUGGCACUGGCAUUAUUACCUUAGGUUAGGUACCUACCUACCUAGGUAGAGGUAGAUUAUACGAAAUCGACAGUCGGGAUAUGCAAAGCUCCUUAGAUAAUAUGACUAUCGGGGAAGUUUAGGUACAAAUUCAUGCCGUUGGUGUUUCAUCCUGAUGCUCUCAUGAUCGUGGAAUCGAUCCUAUUCUUCUUAUGCCUAUUGAAAAGUUGUAGAUUAAGCUGGAGAUGCAGCUCACAUCCUUGUCUGAAGGAUCUAAAAUGGGAGCGUCCCCACUGAGCUGCGUCGGCCGAGUUGCACUACAUUACCUAAGGUACCUAUGCACGUAUGGCAGGGCUCGAAAAUAAGGUUACGGCGUGGAUCAGUCAAGUACCGUACAGGCCAGAAGCUUAAAUUACCUAACCUAAGGUGAGCCACAUUUGAAUAAUAAAGCAAGACCAUUGUUAUUAUAGUAGUAGAUAAUAAGUAACUCGCAAAGAAACGGCGAGCUCUAUUCCGAUUUUAGGUAUCUAAGUACUUUCUGUCACUACCAUCUUUAAAUUCUAAAGGAGGGUUACUUUCAUGCGC